AUGUUACUGAGCUUCUAUGGACAACAGUAUCCACAAAAUGAUAUUGAAGAUGGAAUGGACUACUAUUGUGGGUUCUCUAUGAUGUUACUCAAGCCAUGGAGAAUCCCAACCAAUAUCCUACCUGAUGGACAAUUGUGGAUGGAUGCUUUUGGCAUUUUCCUUAGUCUGGCAUGGCCAGCAGUUUUGAGAAUUCUUGGCAACUUUCAAUUCCUGCACAAAAGCCAAAGAAGAUCAAAUGAAGUAAUGACACACCUGGGACAGAUGCAGCAAGAGCAAGCAAGGAAGAUGAUAUAG